UGUGGAGGUUCCACCCAAGACCUGGCCCGAGGCUCCGAGCACCCCAUUUUCGCGCCGGCCAAAAGGGCCAGCUCCCCGCUUCCAGCCGGGCGGCGGUGUCCCUCAAGGGUCCUUUACUAAACAGGCUCGGAGGGCCCGGGUCUGCAGCGAUCUCGAUCCCGGAAGUGACGUCUCCCAGAGGGGCCGGAAGUGGCAGUAGAGGGAGGGAAGAUGGCGGAGGUGGUGAGUCCGGUGCCCGGGGCGGGGCGGCGGGAACCAGGGGAGGUGGGUAGAGCCCGCGGCCCCACAGUAGCCGACCCUGGCGCCGCGCUGUCUCCCCAGGGGGAGAUAAUCGAGGGCUGCCGCCUACCUGUGCUGCGGCGGAACCAGGACAACGAAGAUGAGUGGCCCCUGGCCGAGAUCCUGAGCGUGAAGGACAUUAGUGGCCGGAAGCUCUUCUACGUCCAUUACAUUGACUUCAACAAACGCCUGGAUGAAUGGGUGACCCACGAGCGGCUGGACCUAAAGAAAAUCCAGUUCCCCAAGAAAGAAGCCAAGACCCCGACCAAGAACGGACUGCCUGGGUCCCGCCCCGGAUCUCCCGAGAGAGAGGUGCCGGCCUCCGCCCCGGCCAGCGGGAAGACCUUGCCAAUCCCGGUCCAGAUCACGCUCCGCUUCAACCUGCCCAAGGAGCGGGAGGCCAUUCCCGGUGGUGAGCCCGACCCGCCGCUGUCCUCCAGCUCCUGCCUGCAGCCCGGCCACCGCUCCACGAAACGGAAGGUGGAGGUGGUGUCGCCAGCGACUCCCGUGCCCAGCGAGACAGCCCCGGCCUCCGUGUUCCCCCAGAAUGGGGCUGCCCGUAGGGCGGUGGCAGCUCAGCCAGGGCGGAAGCGGAAGUCAAACUGCUUGGGCACGGACGAGGACUCCCAGGACAGCUCCGAUGGAAUCCCGUCGGCUCCGCGCAUGACGGGCAGCCUGGUGUCUGACCGGAGCCACGACGACAUCGUGACUCGGAUGAAGAACAUCGAGUGCAUCGAGCUGGGCCGGCACCGCCUCAAGCCGUGGUACUUCUCCCCGUACCCGCAGGAGCUCACCGCGCUGCCGGUCCUCUACCUGUGCGAGUUCUGCCUCAAGUACGGCCGCAGCCUCAAGUGCCUGCAGCGCCACCUGACCAAGUGCGACCUGCGCCACCCCCCCGGCAACGAGAUCUACCGCAAGGGCACCAUCUCCUUCUUCGAGAUCGACGGGCGUAAGAACAAGAGUUACUCCCAGAACCUGUGUCUUCUGGCCAAGUGCUUCCUGGACCACAAGACGCUGUACUACGACACAGACCCCUUCCUCUUCUACGUCAUGACGGAGUACGACUGCAAGGGCUUCCACAUCGUGGGCUACUUCUCCAAGGAGAAGGAGUCCACGGAAGACUACAACGUGGCCUGCAUCCUGACCCUGCCCCCGUACCAGCGCCGGGGCUACGGCAAGCUGCUAAUUGAGUUCAGCUACGAGCUCUCCAAAGUGGAAGGAAAAACGGGGACCCCAGAGAAGCCCCUGUCGGACCUGGGCCUCCUGUCCUAUCGAAGCUACUGGUCUCAGACCAUCUUGGAGAUCCUGAUGGGGCUCAAGUCCGAGAGUGGGGAGCGGCCACAGAUCACCAUCAAUGAGAUCAGUGAGAUCACCAGCAUCAAGAAGGAGGACGUCAUCUCCACACUGCAGUACCUCAACCUCAUCAACUACUACAAGGGCCAGUACAUCCUCACGCUGUCGGAGGACAUCGUGGACGGACACGAGCGGGCAAUGCUGAAGCGGCUGCUGCGCAUCGACUCCAAGUGUCUGCACUUCACCCCCAAGGACUGGAGCAAGCGGGGGAAGUGGUGACCGGGCCUCCCGCGCAGUGCCGGCAAGCACGCGGAACUGGCGCUCCCAGCAGGCACCCCGCGGGAGGCGCGCAGGAAGCUCCAGA